UUUAUACUAGUAUGUUCUUGUUCUAAAAAUGGCAUUGUCACUCAUCAGAAACCUCCGGAUAUCGGUUACCCUUGUCGUUUUUUCCUUCCUCUUAACUACUUUUCCAGGGAUCGCUUACGAUGACGAAGACGAUUCAGAAGGAGGUGUAGGUGGAGGUGGCGGGCCAGGAUUUGGCGGUGGUGGAACAGGUGUGGGAGGCGGAGGGAUAGGCGGUGGUGGCACAGGUGUGGGAGGUGGUGGUACUGGAUUUAGCGGUGGAGGAGGAUUGGGUGGCAGUAGCGGUGGAGGGACAGGUUUUGGAGGAGGAGGACUAGGCGGCGGCGGAGGGACAGGUUUUGGAGGAGGAGGACUAGGUGGCGGCGGGUUAGGUGGGAACGAUCAACCGGAGAUAGUUGCGAAAGCUUUGGAGUGCUUAAAUGAGAAACACAUUUACAGAGAGUGCGAGGAUGCAUGGAGGCUAACGUUAAACGGAGACCUGAACAUUCCGAUGGCGAGGGCGGAGGAGUUCUGCGAGGGACCAUGCAUCUCCGAAACACAUUUGGCUUUGAAUUGCAUUGACGAGAUUGUUCACCACUUCAGAUUCUUCAACAGAGCCACCGUUUACAACAUCCGUGAAACCCUCAAGUCCGGCUGCAGCUACGGACCUGAACGAGGCAUUUUCAACGUUCUAGAGCACAUCGAAGAUGAAGAAGAAAAUGGAAAUGAGAGAAUGAAGUCAAGGUCUGGACCGUUGCUUGGGACUGUGUUGUUCAUCAUUGCCUUGCUUCUUUAAGAGAUGUCUUAAUGUUUAAUCUUUAGCUAUUAUCUUAUAGAUGUUGCUUAUUUGACAAUUACAAUAUUUAUAAAUCGAUCUCUUUGUAUCUACAGAGAGACUAUCUAAUCGAGGAGUACUUUUAUAUAGUUUCUUCUUUCUUGUUUAAGGAAAACAAAA